GGCGUAGUCCAGGGUUGUGGAUUGUGGCGUGGUUGGAAAUUGGAAUUAGAAAUUUAUGGGUUGCGAAAUUGUGAUUUGAGUGGGCGCGUUUCGUUUGAGUUGCGUUUGUGUUCUCAUUCGCACACAGCAUACCUCCUUCUGUUCCUCAGAUUCAGAUUCAGAUUCAUUUGAGGACUGUUUGUUUUGUCUCUCUGCAGCUGAAAUAUACUUAUAAGAAAGAGGUGUCAUCAGGCUGUAGAGGAGAAUGGUGGAAACUUCAAGCUUCUGGGGUCCAGUCACAUCCACUACAGAGUGUUGUGAAAAGAACUAUGUAUAUUUACCUUACAUUGCAGAAUUUUAUAAUACUAUCUCCAACAUUCCGACAAUCCUUUUGGCUCUGAUUGGUCUUAUAAAUGCUGUUAGACAGCGAUUCGAGAAAAGAUUUAGCAUUCUUCAUGUAUCCAAUAUGAUACUUGCCAUUGGAAGUAUGUCGUACCAUGCGACACUGCAAAAUGUGCAACAGCAAAGUGAUGAAACUCCUAUGGUAUGGGAGGUGCUGCUGUACAUGUACAUUCUCCACUCUCCAGAUUGGCAUUAUCGCAGUACGAUGCCCACCUUCCUCUUUCUAUACGGUGUUGUUUUUGCCAUUGCACAUUCAGUUUUCCGUUUUAGUGUUGGCUUCAAAAUGCACUAUGUCGUACUCUGUCUCCUCUGCAUUCCAAGAAUGUACAAGUAUUACAUUUACACUCAAGAUGUUGCUGCCAAGCGGCUUGCAAAGCUAUUUAUAGCCAAUCUUGUAUUGGGCAGUAUAUUUUGGUUCUGUGAUCGUUUCUUCUGCAAGGAGAUAUCCAGUUGGCCUAUUAACCCACAGGGUCACGCUUUGUGGCAUGCUUUCAUGGGUUUCAGUUUGUACUUUGCAAACACAUUCUUGAUGUUUUGCCGUGCUCAACAGCGUGGGUGGUCUCCAAAAAUUGUAUAUUUUAUGGGUGUUUUACCCUAUGUGAAGAUUGAGAAACCAAAAGGACAGUGAGAGAAACUUGUAGCAGAAGAAGGGAAGCUUCUCUGUCAUUAUAUUUUGCCAGAUAAGUUGUUAGCAAAAACGGUUUAUGAUAUCUUAGGUUAUUUUCUCUUUUCUGGUUUAGAUCGGCUACAAUGUUGAUUGAGUAUUUACAUAUUUCUUUCUAGAAGUAGGACAUGUACCAUAUUUAUCUUACGGAUACUAUUUUGUGCCUGGACCUUUGAUAGCUCUAAAAUUUUAUGACAACCAAAAAGAUAGUUUUGCAG